CUGAGGGCUCGACCAGGAGAGGAUGGGCGCCCCGGGGGGCUCUGGCGGCGGCAGUUCCGCUGGGCGCUCGUUCCCGCGACCCUGGCCGGGGCCUCACCUCACAUCUCCGCGACCCCGCCUCGCCUCGGCCAGGAGCCUCUGCCCUCGCCAGGGUCGGAGGCGCAAGCGGGGGCGGGCCUCUUCGCCGAGCGGCCAAUGGGGACUGAGCCUGGCGGCCGGGGCGUGGCGGCCCCGGCGCAACGCUUCGAGUGGCGGUUGUUUCAAGAUGGCGGGUGCGGCGGGCCCCUCCCUGCCCGGCUCGGCGUUCUGGAGCCGCGACGUUUCUGAUGAAGAACAAUCAGUAGUUUAUGUUCCAGGACUCUCCACAGAAGGAGACACAAGAUCAAGACUGAAGUCGAUAAAUCCAAAAGCUGAUGUUAAAGUUAAGACUUCUGGGGUGCCUGGUGCUUCCAUCUCCAUGGAGUCUUUAAAAGGUGCAGGAGAUUCAGCAGCUGAACAACAGAAUUUCUGCAAGGAAGGCAUGAAGAGGGCAUCAUUGAAAGAUUUAUGUCUUGAAGACAAAAGACGCAUUGCCAACUUAAUUAAAGAACUGGCCAGGGUCAGUGAAGAGAAGGAAGUGACAGAGGAGCGCCUGAAGACCGAGCAGGAGUCCUUUGAGAAGAAGAUUCGGCAGUUGGAAGAACAGAAUGAACUGAUCAUCAAAGAAAGGGAAGCUCUUCAGCUACAGUAUAGAGAAUGUCAAGAACUUCUAAGUCUCUACCAGAGGUACCUAUCCGAGCAGCAAGAGAAGCUCACCAUGUCACUCUCAGAACUUGGUGCCACUAGAGUGCAGGAGCAGCAGAUAGCCAACAGGAAAAGUACUCACCAAUCUUCAGUGAUGGACCUGGAUGGUUCCUACCUGAGUGUAGCCAAACCACAAACCUACUGUCAGACCAAGGCAAGGCCUAAGUCAGCAAACCAGGACUCAGUUUCAGAAUCCCUUAUGGCAUUGAGGAAUAAUUCUUUGAAACCAGUAACACUUCAUCCUUCCAAAGAGCAUUUAGAGAGGGUGCCAUCAGAAACCAGAACAGGUACUUAUGAAUCUCCAGGGAGGAAAUCAAUAGAUGCAGCCCCAAUAGAGAGAGUCCUACCUUCAGAAGAGGUAAAGAUAAAGGAAUAUCCACACCUUCCACCUACAACAUUGAAUCAGUACUGUGGUCAUAAAUGCUCUGAAGGUGAAGAUUAUGUUCAUGAGAACUACCACCCUGUGAACAUGGCCCCUCAGUAUUGUAAGACACGUCCAGAGUCAUGCAGUCAUUGUGGGCUUUCCUGGCCAUCUCUCAUGCCUGGUCGAGUGACAGUGCAACCCAGUGAGACUGAUGUCAAAAAGCAGCUCUCAGAAGAUCGGAGGCAGCAGUUGAUGCUUCAGAAGAUGGAACUAGAAAUUGAAAAGGAACGCCUUCAGCAUCUUCUGGCCCAGCAAGAGACAAAACUUCUCCUCAAACAGCAGCAGCUGCACCAGUCCCGACUAGAUUAUGACUGGUUAAGGACUCAAGCUGUAUUUAAGUCUCAAGAACUGGUUGCUGAUAACGAAUUUACUAAACCCCAAGAACUCAAUCUCCAUGUGAAUGGUAGUGACUCUGGACUAAGUUUAUUGAAGUCAAAAUGUGACAGAUGGCUGCAUGGAACCUCAUCAUCCUUUAAAAAGUGCCAAAACUCUCCAAACAGUGGACAGCACAGGAGGGAGAAGAAGACAGUUGAGUUUCAGUCACAUGUGGCAGAUGACGUCCAAGAGCUAUGCCAACAGAAUGAUAGCUGCAAAGCCCAGAGAGAGACAAUGACAGGAGUUAGAAAAGAUGCAUCCACAUCUCCUAUGCCAACAAGAAGCCCUAAGGACCCUGUGACCCUAUCAUCAUCAUCCCAGCGCAACACCUCACGGUAUGAGACAUCUCUGUUGGAUUUGGUUCAGUCCCUGAGCCCAAAUUCUGCUCCCAAAUCUCAUCCCCAUCCCUCCAGAGCAGCAGGAGUGUGGAACACUUUCCGACCUACCCCUCAGAAAUCUACCUGGAAGAAAGUGGGGACACGCUGGAGCCCUGAAGACCUGGAGGAGAAUCAGAUUCUGGAAGACAUAUUUUUCAUAUGACUCUGAAGCACAUGCUACAUAAUUUCAUAGGAAAUGUUUGAGUUCCUUUACAUACUGAUGUAGGAUGUUAAAUUACUUGAUUGCAAAGCAACUGAGUCUCUUCUUUCACAGGGACCCAUCUUACUGGCAUCCUUUUAAGUAUUGAAUACGGAAAUCAUUCUAACAAAUCAGGGUGUUUUUUGUCAGACCAAUCAGAAAACAGGCUAAAGGAGGUGGGCUUAGGCAUAGGAUGUUUUCUGUGCCGAACAGAUGAGAAAUUUAGAAUACUUUCUGCAUGUCCGACACCAUGGAUAUCUAGUGUCAUUUUAGGAAUAGCUUCAACUUACUGCUGCAGAAAGUUGGCUCUUUCCUUACAUAAGGAACGUGUCUACUUCAGAAGAGUUCUUCCUUCUUCACCCUUUCUCUCUUCACUAACUAAGUGUGGCUGUUCAUUCUGAAAUUGGAGUUAGUGACCCUAAUAUCACCAUUACUUGGGACCAAAUACAUGUGAGUCAUAGUGAUCAUCAACAUGGUCAUUGCCACUCCUUCCACCAAAAAGUUCAAUGGAUUACAGGGAAGUUCCCAGCCAGACUGUGGCAUUAAACCACACAUGAGAUGGCAGCCUGGGAAAAUCUACCAGUGUCCAGGCAACCAUCCCUCCAUGUCCUGUGACAGAUGUUUCUUGUUGACUCCAAUUCCAGGUAUUCUUGUGAACUUCCUCCGUGGUUGUGUCUAGGGAAGAUGGCACUAGAGAGAGAGUGGUAUCCAAUGGCUGCAGGUCACAGGUUUCUUCCGCCCCUGCCCCACUCCAUAAGGAUGAGUGCUCCUAGUUCAACUGCCCCUGGGUGCAGAGUCUAGAAAAGCUUGCUGAGCAUCCUUAUUGGCUUAGAUCUAAAUCUUUUCUCUCCAGACUGAGCUCAGUCCUGUUGAUUCUACCCAGUCUCCCUUCCCUUCGAGACUCUCAAUUCCAUACUCUUCAUCUGAGGCAAAUACAAGGGCAAGACUAAUUACUUGUCGUCAUUGCCUUUAGAAGUUGAAAGUUCAUUACAGAUUCCCAUUUGCUUUUCAAAUUCACCCUGAGAGGAACUAGAACAAACUUGUUCUAUUUCAAAACACCUUUAGGAUAUGUCUUCAGAGUGGCAGAAGUGAGUUAGAUUUCCAGGACCAUCUUCUCUCUGUCCUGUGUGUCACAGGCAGCUCAACUAUACCUAGUCCCUUAGACUUUCUAUAACCAUAGUCACUUGUUCUGAGCAUCAGUGUUCUUGCUACUCCAAAGUAUGUGUAUCCAGAAGGAUAAGAAACGGAAUCUGAUCUCUUUAAGAAGCUUAUUUACCCUGAUAAGAGUUAUGAACAGACUAAAAAUUCAAGGCUUUUUUGGGUGCCGUGCCAGGGAAUGGAAUUUAAUUGCUUCUGUGCCUUACCAACUUGGGAAGUUUGUAAGAGGAAAAAAAAAAAAAAGAGUGUUUCAGGGGAGUAUCAAUGAACACAAUUUUCAUUCUUCACACUCCCUGCCGUUGCCUUCUCCAUUCUGCAGGCAUUUGGGGGGGGGGGGCAUUGGCAUGAGGGUGGCAGGAAGGGAAUAUGUAUAUAACCUAGUGGCUUUGUUAUUAACUAAAUAAUAUACGUUAACAUUGUAAUCUGUAUUCAAUGUCCUUUGAGAUAUAUGUGUUGUUGCAGAGUAUUUGGGUUUGAGCUAAUUGUAUCCUAUCCCACAGAAGAAUGGGAAGAAAGUAGGAACCAUGUGACCUCUCCUGAUAAUGCUCCCUUUGGUGGCUGGUUGGGACUUGCUUGGCCAGCCUGUAGAUGUUUCCUCAAAGCAAUACUGCACACACACUGUGGAUGCCACAGCUAAGGUAUUGCCCACCUUGCAAACUGCCACCCUGUGAGAAAAAAACUAAUCAGUGUUUGUGAAAUGGACCCAGAGUAUGUCCACUAGACUCCUUAAGUGAGGCCCAAGGACUAAUUUAAAAGUCAAGAUUAAUCAAGGAGUACCUUUUGUAGCCAUCCGCCUUCCAAGAGGCACACUUGUGCUGCUCCAAGCCUGCCCACAGUGGGGACUUACCUGGAACAUUUCAGGUGUCUUGAAGAAGGCCUGACUCCCUCCCAUAGAGUCACUUUUCACUGGUCCUGCUUCAACACCAGGUUUAUCUUAGAGAUUUGCUGACAGAAGUUGCUACAGUGAGCUAAAGGUAUAUUAGUUUUAACGUUGACAGCUGUUUGUGGUAAGUUGGUAAAUAGUCUAUAUGGCUGUUGUUUUCCUCAUGUGGUUUUAAUAAUGACAUGUCCUCUUGCACAUCAUCAGAUCAGUGGAGUUUUAGAGUGAGUCCAGAACCCCAAAUUAUCAAAGUACUAUCUCUCCUUGUUACUUGUUGGGACAAUAGGAGUGGAUAGCCACUUGAAAAAAAUGGAAAUAGUGUGCCACAUCCCAGUUGCGGUUCCCAGUGAUGCCCCAUGUCUUUCCCAUCACCCAGACAUCAGUACUCUACAGGUUCUGUAGUUGCUAGAAUGGACACUUCAGUCUAAGCACAUUUCUGAGUCCAUUCCCUGAGCAUCCCCACAGCACCUGAGCAAGAAAGAAAGAUGUGUCCCAUCACUUAGAGAUAGGAGUUGUGGUCCUCCUGGUGGGUUGUAGGUCCUUGAAGAAUCCAAGCAAGGAUUUGCAUAGAUGCAUAGUUCCAAGAUCACACCCUGUGUUCCCCCAAAACAGCCAAAGACCCUGACUUGCUCCCUCCCUUCAGACCAGCCUUGUCACCCCCACAUGAACAAGAAUAAGAACAACCCCUCUGAGCAGCUGCCUCCCAGAGGCUCACAUAGGGAAAGCAAAAUCAUCUAUCAUCUCUCUCUUACAUUGAAAAUGAAAUAAGUAAUCAGUUUGCUCAAAUUGUCAAAGAUACCUUUGAGUAUGGGGAGAAAGCUGAGCAUGUGUUAAACAGUCCUUUUCCUGAGAGGACAGAUAAGCAGACAGCUAGAAAACCAGUUUCAUAGAUUAAUGCCCCAUUGUGUGGCUUCUUGACAUUUCUGCCCCAUUUGGAAGGGGGGCCUUCUCGCCUCUCAGGCUUCAGCUUUGUAGAUAUUUGUAGAUAUUGAGAUAUUCCCUCCUUGUCAUCCUUGCCACAAACACACUAAGAGCUCGUUAAGCUCCUUCUCCUAAUCCAUCGAUGCUGCUGCAACAAAAUAUAUAAAGACCAGGUAUUUAUUUCUUAUAUUUCUGGAGGCUAGGUCUAGGAUGCCGGUACUGACGAGAAUGAGUUGUCUGGCUAUACUGCAUCAUCCAGAGGGCAGGUGUCUUUAUCCUUAUAUGGCUCAAUACCUAACUAGCAGAUUACCCUAACAUUGAGGCAAGCCUCCUUUUAUAAGGGCCUUAUGACCAUUAAAGAAGUAGCCCAGGUUGCCUAUUAUCCCAACCCUCCACUUUUUAACAUUGUCACAUUAGCAACACCUGAAUUUUGAAGUAGAUAUAUGCAAACCAAACAUGUAAUCCAGAAAUUGUCCACAGCCUCUCCUGUGUACACUACUGUAAGUCCUUUAUAUUUCAAUCUGAGCACUCUGUAGCCAGGAUGGACCUGAGAUCCUGUUUAAUCCACCAUUUUUUUUUUUAACAGAAAAAAAGUGUUGUUUGUUUCUAAGUAAUUUGUCUGAGAUCUUACAUCCUGUCAGUGGCAGAUCUGGCUACCAGGUUCACAUCCCUUCUACAGCACAGUAUCUGCUAUCAUCUGCUUUUCCAAGAAAAGCAUUUUUAAAGAAUUUCAGCUAUAAUUGAACAUUCCACUUCCAUCUCUCAGGAGUGAGCCAUGCAUUUCCUCCUAGGGGACUUUGUCAGUUGGUAGUCCUCAAGGACUGUUGCUACUGUAUAGACUUCUCACCUGCAGAAGUGGAGACAAUGGGGAGGCUGUGUAAAACUAUCUAAAAUGAUAUCCCUAAGGGAAAAAAUAAACAUGCAUUUCCAGAUAUGAAUAGCUUCUCUAAAUAAUAGGAGCUAUUGUAUCUCUAGGAAAGGACAGUAGCCAAAUGAAGUGAGGAGUUCUUGGGGAGGAAACCAGUGGUUGGUACUUGGAGACCAGUAGGAAGGAUCUAUCACUUAUAUAGCCAAGGGCGCACAGCUACUUUGUUCUGAGUUGCCAAAUCCUAACACUGGUCCUCAGAUCUUCAUCAAUGUUCUUGGGCACUUGAGUGACACUCACUUUACACAUUAGGUACUAUUGCCCUCUCUAGAAAAGUGGUUAACAUCAUGAGCUAUCAUGAAGAAGCUAUCAUCAAGAAGACUGUGAUACAGUUCUGUUGUGAAGAACCAGGUGUGGGGAAAAAACCUGUAAUCCCAGCAUUCAGGCAGGAUUCAGAUGGUGGCCCAAAUAUGGGCAUGCUAAAUAUCAGAUGAUGGAGUUUUAAUCUUCACUCAAUGAAAAGCCUGAGAUACUUUGAGAUUACUUGUUACAUAUUCCUCUAGCAUUAGUGGUGGUCUCUUUUAGAGGAGACAAGAUCUGGAAAGAUAAGUAACACCUAUCCAGUGUCUACUAAGUGAGGCUUGUAGAUAGCAUUCUCAUUUUUUAACCCACACAGCAACUGUUGGGGGUUGUAUCUUAGCCAUUAAUUCAUGUUGCUACUAUGUGGAUUAGGAUUGAAGCUAUCCAUUCUCUAUCCAUGUUCUGUGUCCAGUCCAGAAUUAUUCUUGCCAGCCAAAGCAGGUGAGGCAUGAAGCAGAGACACCAAUUGUCACAGUGCUGUCACAGGCUACAGAGAGACUAGAACUUUAUCACCACUGCCUUGUCCCACUAGUCACCUUAUAGUUGUAUGCUUAUAGGUCUGGAGAGAAGGGUAUUUGACAUACUACUACUACUAAGCUUCCUAAUAAUUCCUCCUAAGUCUGGAUCUUGUGGUAACUCACCCAUAAGACAACUGGGGGCAGUAGACAGAUAACUGACUCAUGUGCUAGGGACUGAGUUGGAAAGACCUCAAUUCCUGAAGAAGAAUGUAUACCAAAGGAAAUUGGAAUGCCACUGACUGAUGAAUAACAAGGCCUUUGAGAGAGAGAUAAGAAGUAGAGAAAGGUCAGAAAUCGCUCUGGCCAGCUCUCUCAUGGAAGGAUGUCAAGGAGAGUUAGCAAGGUGCUAGGCCCCAUUAGUGUCAAGGACAGAGUGAAGGAAAGGGCUUCAGAGGCAAAGAUGUAUUCAUUAGUCCUCAUACAUUGCUGAUGGGAAUGUAAAUUAAUGUGCAUUCACCUCAGAAAAUAGCCUGGCAGUUUGAAAAUGUCAAACAGUUCAAUAAUGACCCAGCAAUUCCAUACCUAGAUGUUUCCAAGAGAAAUGAAAAUAUAUGGAAACAACUCAAAUGUCCAUCAACCAAUGAACAGGUAAACAAAUUAUAGUAUAUCCACAUGCCAGAAUAUUACUUGGUAAUCAAAGGAAAUGAAUAUACACUACCACAUAGAUUAACCUUGAAAACAUGAACUGAAUGAAAGCCUGAAGUCAUAGAAGACCACAUAUGGUAUGAUACAAUUACAUUGAUGGCCACAUAGGCAGAUUUGUAGAGACAGUUGAUCAGUGGUCACCCAGUAGUGAGAGAUGAGAAGUGACUGAUAAAGUCUUGGAGUUUCUCUUUGGAAUGUUGCAGAUGUUUUAAAAUUGAGGUAGUUGACUCCCUGUUAAUAUACUAGCCAUGGCUAAACUGUGUACUUGAAGUCAAUAAAAAAAAGAAGAAAGGGGAAAAAAAUGUCUGUUGCUUUCUGAGUAAGUGGGGUUGCCAGAAAGUAGGGGGUGAACAUUUGAACUGGAUCACUUCAACCUUAGCAUGGGUGAAGGCCACCUUAGAAAUCUGCCCAUAAAAGGAAGAAGAGACAAGAACAGAGUAGAAAGGAAAAGAAACUCAGGUGAUGUCUGCAUGGGAGAUAUAUAAAUUUUCACAAGCUGCGGAGCAAGCUUACAUUGACUCAAGUCCGCUGAUUUUCAACAUAGGUGUUCCGACCCAGAAGGUAAUCUGUGAACCAUUUUCAUAGUUCCAGAAGGAGCAAAGGAGCACCCCCACAUUUCAGGAGAUGAAAGCUUCACAAGAACAUCUUCACUCAGAACUGGAAAUCACUGUGUCAAGUUGUGGUAACCUUGGUUAGUUGUGGAGAGGGGAAGGACCCUCUCGUUGGUAUAGUUAUACAUCCAACACACUUGCAUCUGUGCUUAAUUUGAAAAUGCACAUUGAGGGGUCAUAUGGAUACCUACAGUAGAAGGUUCUUUACACAUACACACACACACACACACACA